CAAAUUAAAUUAAAAAUGCAACACAUUAAGAUCGUAGUUAUUGGAGAUGGAGCCGUUGGAAAGACAUCAAUGUUAAUCAGUUAUACUACAAAUGGACUUCCAAGUGAUUAUCAACCAACAGUAUUCGAUAAUUAUUCAGCAUUGGUCAUGUACGACAAGAAGCCAUAUAAUCUUGGAUUAUGGGAUACUGCUGGUCAAGAGGACUUUGAUCGUCUGCGACCAUUGAGUUAUCCACAGACCGAUGUAUUCAUCCUUUGCUACAGUGUUAUCAAUCCAAACUCAUACACCAAUGUCUGGGACAAGUGGUACAAGGAGAUCACCACCUACUGCCCAAACACACCAGUGAUUCUCGUUGGCGCCCAGAGUGACCUGAGGACCAACACAGUUAUUCUAAAUAGAUUGGCCGAGAGGAAGCAGCAGGCUGUUACAACAGAGAUGGGCGAGCAAAUGGCCAAGAAGAUUGGUGCUGCCUUCUUUUGUGAAUGCUCAGCUUAUACACAGAAAGGUCUACAUAGUGUAUUCGAACGUGUAAUUGACUCAUAUUAUGGAAAGACAUCUUAUGCACCACUUUCAAAGAAGGACAAGAAGAAGUUGGUUCAAAAGAAGUCAUCAUCACUAUCAUCAAACAUGGGUCCAACUGCAAAAUUAGAGAAAGAGAAGUCUAAAUGCUCGAUA